UCCCACGUGCAAUCUCCCUUCAAAUCUCGAAAGGCUGCAAUGAGGUGUCCUCAUCACCUUCUCUUCUCCAGGCUGAGCAAGUCCAAUUGAAGUUGCCGUCACCAGAACCCCAGUCCAUUUCCUGAGGCUUCUCUCCAGCCUCCUGUCCCCCUGUCUGUACAUAGAGCCAGGGCUGCCCCAUGGGCACAAUUCAGUACGUGCUCACAGCAAACUUCAUACGGUUGCUGAUUACCCAGCCCUCCCAUUGGCCAAGACCUCCGCAAGGCCUCUCUGCCUUUCCGGGCCUCAACAGCUCCUCCACGUUAGUGUUGUCCUCAAAAUUUGCCUCAACUCCAGCCCUGCAUCCUGCGUCCAUUGCCCCUAGAUCACACCUGGCCUUUACAGAGAAAGCACGUGAUCCCGAAUGGAGGGGGGUGAUUAUUUAGGCUUCGAGAACAUCCCUGAUUUGGUAGGAUUGCUUUCCCUCUCUCUAAAAUGCCAAACAAAAGCAAAGGAACCAAAGACCGGUUGCACACCUCCUGUUUAUGCAAUCAACACAGUGUAUUUAGAGUCCUUCUCCAACCUGGACCUCCAGAGCAGCCUCUGAGCCUCUGCUGACGUUGCAGAGCUUCGCCUGGGCGCACAGAUACACCCUUGCCCAAGUUCUGCCACGGGAUCGCACAGCAUUGGCAAGAGGUGGCCACAAACUGGGAAGAGACUGCUAUUUUGUUCAGGUACCAGUGCUCAGGAAACUGACCUCCAGCCCAUCUGCAGAAGCAGAGGGACAUCCAGGAGGCCGGCAGGGAGCUACUCUGGGGAUCACGUGGGGAAGGGGAAGCAAAUCCUCAGUGAGGGCUGGUCUCCUGCCAACACAGCUCUGGUUGCCUCUCCACUCAAGUUCAAGCAGCUGUGCCUCAGGGCAGGACCAGCAACAAGCUGGUCAGUGGCUGCUCAGUGGCUGCUCGGUGACAUCAGCUUGGGUGGCUCCAGCCAGCCCAGCCUUGGGCACCACACGCUGAUGCCACUGUGAUGACACAAGGGCACCACAGUGAUGUCUGAGCGUCUCCCACCGGAACCCCCGCGCAGUGCCAGCAGAUUUCCCUUGCCAGCAGGUAGGGCGAACACUGGCUCGCCGCACAAAUGGCUGCACGCGCAACCUUUGAUCAAUGCGAGACCGGGCACAUUGAAAUGGAAGCUUUUGCUUCUGAUCUGGAGGAGCUGGCCGAGACCUCCAGCUCCACUUCCACUGACCCAGCAGGACAGGACCAAGCACCAGCUGGCCAUGCAGCUGGAACACCAAUGCUGGAAGAACAGGGUUCACAGCGGUUUCCCGAUGAAGAGGAAUCCAAAGGUUUACCUCUGAGAUCCUCUGAGGAAGGCGCUGGCCAAGCCAGCAGCUGCUCGCCACUCAGCUUCCCGCAGAAACUCUGGGUACUGGCCGAAAGUGAGCAAGUGAAGAGCAUUCGGUGGGGCCAUGGAGGAAACUGCAUCGUGGUCGAGGAAGAACGGUUCAUGGAGGAAGUCCUGGCCAAGGAAGCGCCCGUGAGAGCCUUUGGGUGUACAAGCGUGAAAAGCUUUGUUCGCCAGCUCAACCACUACGGCUUCACCAAAGUGCCACGGGACCUGGAAAGAUCUCCGUCCCUUCCUGAGUUUCUGGCUGAGGAAGAAGCGAUUGCUGCCGGUAGGAAGCUACUCCUCUACUCCAGCCCAUUCUUCAGAAGAGAUUACCCGUGGCUGCUGGAGCGCUGCAAGCGCAGAGCGGCCCACAAGAGAAAAGCCGUGGCUGCCCCUGCGCUGCAGGAGAGUGGGAACGAGAGCCCCCAGAGGAGCAGCCCAGAUGUCCGGCCCACACAGGGAGCGGCCGCUGGGCCAGCGAGGAACCUGCAGGCAGCAGAGCACCAAGGCACGCAGGCAGCAUCGCCCUUGGGGCCCGCGCCAGCCAAGCGCCCUAAGAAUGACACCCUCCGAGCCCAAGGAGGCGAUGCUCACAUCCUGCCAGGCCCUGCUGCUGCACCAGCACUGGAACAGCACCAGGCUCUGCCCUGCUCUGUGCUGCCACCGAGCAGCAACCACGUGCUGGGUGCCACUUGCACUCCACCACCACAGGGCACUCUGCCCUUUGUGCUCCCUACUUUCACACCAGGCCAUCCUCAGCAGGAGCUCCCGCAGCCCCCAGAAACACCACAGCUGCAGGCUCCCUGGGACGCCCUGACUUUCCUUGGCUCCUGCUUUGCAAUGGCCAUGAGGGCAGCAGCCAUGAUGAUGCCACCAGGCUGGCAGCCCCGUGCAGCCCCGCACUGCCCAACGUGCACCUGCAGCCAGCACCAGGCAGCCCCGCACUGCCCAACGUGCACCUGCAGCCAGCGCCGGGCAGAUGCAGGACAUGGGAUGGGCCCGUAGUGCGGGACCCAUUGCAGGCAGUGCCACAGCCGCCCCUCCUUACUCGUUCCUAGUUUGUUGCUCAUAGGUGCGUAGUUUCGGAAAUAGCAUGUUGCAGUUAUUACCCUUCUCAGUUCUCAUGCCCCUCUGUUUAUGGAUUUAUCAAUU